UGGGAAGAUCUUGCACAUGCACGUGCCAGUUCACACCCCAAAUGUCCACAGUCUUGGGACUAGGUAAGGGGCAGGGUGAAGCCAGGAGGCCGAAGCUCUAUGCAGGUGUCUCUCAUGACUGCAAGACUCAGCACUGGGGCCUUCUUGGGGCACUUUCCCAGGCUGGUUAGCAGGGCACUGGACUGGAAGUGGAGAAGGCAGCUGCUGGCCCCUGAAGUGCUCAGCGUGACGUUUAGGGAAGGGGCAUUGAGUCAGUUCGGAGGCAUGAGCCGCCUCUGUGCGGUACUCGGCACCCACGUUUGUGUUAAAACAGACGCACUUGACCUGUGUCCCUGGGCUUUCCCAGCUCCUUCUGACACACGGGUCUUCCCCAGGUUAGCUGUGCGCCCACAGGUCUCUGGUACUGCCCGUAAGGACUCCUGGCCAGGAGGGGUGGACUACCUGGUGGACUGGAGGGCCCCUCCCGAGCUUGCCAGCAGCCCUGUGCCCUUGGCUGUGUUCUGAGAUGCUUGCCUUGGGAGCCAGUGGCCAGUGCACGCAGACAGGAUUGAGCUGCUCUUCCGGAGGGUGAGGCUGCGGCUUUGCGCUGCAUGCUUCCUGGCUGAGGGCCUGAUGCACACACAGCCGUUUCUCCUUGUUUCCUUCAGAGCUUGGGAGUCGCUGGCCAGGCGUCCUCCCAGCCUCCCGGACCGCCAUGGCUUCCCGCCUGGUGAAAGAGUGUGCCUGCCUCCUGAGAGAAGUGGCUCGCUUUGCCCCCGCCAUGGCCCCAGUAAGCCGGCCGAGGCUCGCGGCGCUGGCCCAGAGGCCCCUGACCUCUUCAGCCACCUCUCCCAGCUCCCGGCUCCCAGGCUCCCUGAAAGAGCUUCUGGAGAGGGAACAGGUGUUCACGCCCUACCCCAAGCCCACGGAGGUGGACCAGUGCAUCGAGAAGGCCACCCGGCCGGAGCAGCUACUAGAACUACUGGACAGCGGUCACAAUUUGCACCACAACCACGCAGCCAUCAUGCUCAUUCGCCUCACGCGCCUGCUGGCUGAGAAGCCAAAGCAUAGGGCCUCACUACAGCAGGAUGCCCGCUUCCAGCAACUUCUGCAGCUGGUCAGCAGCCAGAUAACCUUGGUCUGGCAUGGGACCCUGGUGAGGCUGCUGCGGAGCCUGUAUGCACUGGCACUGCCCGAAGCAUCCCGGGAGCUGCGCUCUGUGGAGCAGGAGGUACGCUGGCGCCUGCGAAGGCUCAAGUACAAACACCUGGCCUUCCUGGCCGAAACCUGCGCCACCUCCAUGCAGGAGCAGCAGUCGCAGGAGCUGCUGGCCGAACUGCUCACGCACCUGGAGAGGCGCUGGACAGAGCUGGACGAUGGCCGUACGCUGGCGACCCUGAUGUUGAAGGCUGGCCACCUUUCGGGCUCACUGAUGAACCGCCUGGAAGACAAGCACAUCCUGAACAGAGCCCAGGACGUCACCCUGCCCCACCUGUGCAACGUAGUGCUGGCCUUUGCGCACCUAAACUUCCGCCCAGAGCAGGAAGAGAAGUUCUUCAGCCUGGUGCAUGAGAAGCUAGGGCCGGCAUUGGUGAGCCUGGAGCCAGCACUGCAGGUGGAUCUGGUGUGGGCUCUGUGUGUGCUGCAGCAGGCACAGGAAGCCCAGCUGAGAGCUGUCCUCGAUCCAGGGUUCCACACCCCACUUCUAGAGACCACAUCUCCUAAGGGUCAGAGCACCUUCCAGAAGCUGCUGCACAUCAAUGCCACUGCCCGCCUAGAGCACCCUGGGUAUACAGGCCCCCUCCUGCCAGCCUCUGCUGUGGCCGCCCAGCCCCCAGCCCCUGACCAGAAGGUGACCCCCCUGCAAAGGGAGCUGCCAGAGACACUGAAGGGGCUGCUGGGCAGUGCCGACCGAGGCAGCUUCGCAGUGGCCACGCAGUACGGCUGGGUGCUCGACGCAGAGGUGCUGUUGGACGCUGACGGCCAGUUCCUGCCCCUCAGAGACUUUGUGGCACCUCACCUCACCCAGCCAGCGGGGAACCAGCCCUUGCCUGAGGGGGCCAAGAGGCUCGCCUUCCUGAGGUGGGAGUUUCCCAGCUUCAGCAGCCGGAGCAAGGACCUCAUGGGCCGCUCCGCCCUGGCCCGGCGCCACGUGCUGGCCGCGGGCUUCCUCGUGGUCGAUGUCCCCUACUACGAGUGGCUGGAGCUCAAGUCUGAGUGGCAGAAGGGUGCCUACCUCAAAGACAAGAUGCGUAAAGUGGUAGCUGAGGAGCUGGCCAAGUGACCAUCCAUCCAUCAGUAGGACUGCAUGCCCAGGCCUGGUUCUGGGCAUCUGGUGGCAAGAGGUGGCUCCCUUGAAGAGGAGAAACCACCCCUGCACUAGACUUGGCCUGGGCAGGGGUGAUCAGCAGCUCUGGGGGAGAUGGGGCCCUUGUGUGUAAUAAAUCAAUUCUGCUCUCACCA